AUGAGGACAUCGAGCAGUCUGUCAGGAGUUGCACCGAAUGCCAAUCCACGAGGUAUGCACCACCACGUGCGCCGAUACAUCCUUGGAGAAUCAUUCCUCCUGGUAGUUGACGCCUACUCAAAGUGGCUAGAGGUAAAGCUCAUGCCAUCUACAUCUGCCGAAGCUACUGUCAACGCACUACGGGAGAUCUUCGCUACGCACGGCAUUCCAGAUGUUGUGGUCAGCGACAACGGACCUCAGUUCACAUCUGCUCACUUCCAAACAUUCCUUCGGAGAAAUGCUAUAAGACAAACUCUCGUGGCUCCCUAUCACGCUGCAAGCAACGGACAGGCAGAACGAAUGGUACAAACAAUGAAGGACUCGAUGAAACGUAUUGUACAUGGCAGCUGGCAGCAACGACUUGCUUGUUUCCUCUUGCAUCAGCAUACCACUCCAAACUCAUCAACAGGUUUUAGUCCAGCCGAACUCCUUAUGCGACGCAGGUUGAAGAGUUGUCUGGACAGAUUGCAUCCAGACGGAAUAAGUAAACGCCAGGAGGUAGAGGAACAGCAGGCUUCCAGACCAGCCGUAAGGACCUUUAAAGACUCUGACCCGGUGUAUGUGCGAAACUACGGCCAUGGAGAGCCAUGGAUCCCUGCAACAAUUGAGAAGCUUACUGGACCUGUGUCGUACAGAGUUAUAACUGAGGGUGGCAGGGUUGUGAGACGCCAUCUAAACCAAAUGAGAGGUCGCGCCACACCAAGCAACGAACUGCCAGAAUCAGUUGAGAACCCGACUGAUGUUUCUACAGGCGACUGUGUCCCACAAGGACUUGUAACACCUACAUCUAUUCCAAUGAGUCAAGCACCAGCUAGUUCCCCAGCUGUUACAGAAGCCAGUCCGUCUUCACCGCACCUUAGUGGUCCUAUCUCUACACGACCACGCCGAAUGAUCACACGUCCGCGAUAUUUGGACGAUUUUGUCAGCUAG